AAUAAACGAGUAAAUAAGUUAAACGGAUGCGCGGCGUUACGUUGUGAAGUGGAAAAUUUAUUUCAUUAAAUUUACAUGUUUUCGUGUACAAAUAAUUUACAAAUUACCGGAAUAAGUGAAUUUGAUAAGUUUUAAUCGUGCAAACAAUAAAAUUAUAUGAAUAUUUAAAAUUCUAUCUCGCAAAAAUAUAGUAAUACGGUGCAGUGGAAAAAUUUUCGUUGUGCGCGUUGUUGUGAAUCACGUAUAUAGAAUAGCAUUGAAAGCGCAAAAUAAAUUUGACGUAUUAGUUCGGAAUAUCAGAAUUGCGGAGAAUUUAAUACUAGCUAUUUCUUAAACAAAUAAAUAACAAUGUCUGAAGUUGCGAAUAAUAGUGAAAUUCAGCAGAACACUGUACCAGUUGAACAGACGAUUGUUGAAACGGGGGAAACGGUGUCGGCAAGCGCGCCCACGUCGACUGAGGCAGAGAUAUCAACUGCGACCGAAAAGCAAGUGGUCAACGACAGCAUUGAAGCUGAAUGUGCGUCAGGCGAUGCGGGCACCAGCUCUGUGGAGGCGACGAAACCAACGGAGUCCUCACCAAAAGUGGAAAGCAAGAAGACACCCGUGAAACGGACACCUUCAAAGCGGAUGUCUUUCAUAGAGCGGGCGCAAAAAGAAAGUGAAGAGCUUGUUAAAAAUAUGGGCGGCAGUUUGGAGUUAGAUGGUGGUCGACGCACACGAUCAAGCACACGUGGUACACCAACCCGAUCUUCAGCAGCGUCCACUCCGCCUCCUGCGAAAAAGGCGCGUACGUCUCCGGCAAAUGCCAGCAGCACUCCGUCCCGUGGUCGUGGACGUGGGAGAAAAAUUGAAACAUCCGAAGAAUCAGAAGAUGCCAAAGAGGUAGCGGAGCCGAAAGCGAUUAAAACACCAGAAAAAUCAAAAUCGCCUAAAAAGAAACAAGCUCCUGCAGACAAACACAACAACACAUCGAAAGAUUCAGCUGAGCCUGAGCCUGUGGCUGAAUUAUCUGUGUCAGUAGAGGUUGCUGAAAAGACUACCGAAAACAAAGAAGAAGACGUAGUGGAAUCCUUAUCAAGUGUGGAGCCCUCUGAGGAGCAAACAGAUGGUAAAAUCGAAUCAGAAACUAUUGCAGAAGAUCAACAGAGCAAAGACCAAGACGUUAUCGCUGUAGAAGCGGAACAAGAGGUAUCAGCUAUACCUAACGAUAGUGAAACAGCAAUGGACACAAGUGAGCCUGUAGUGGUAGAAAACCCAAUAGAUGCAGCCGUAGAUACGGAGCCAAUUAAGCCAAAAGAAACUACAGAUGUUGAAAUUGUUGCAGAAGAAACCACAGAAUCAACCACCGAAGAAACAGCAACAGUCAUGGAAACAAAAGAUUUACCCUCUGAAGCAAUGGAAGUCGAUUCUAAUUCAAAAAGCAGUGAUGUCGAGCUAAUUGAAUCUACACCUGCUACAAUCGAACCAACCUCAAAUGCGGAAGAAACUUCUGCGCCGCUUGACGAAGCCAAAAUUAGCCAGGAAACGGUAACUGUAGAAGAAAACACAAUAGUCCAAGAGCCUGCAGUUAAAGCUAAUGACGUUGAGGAUGUGGUAGUCGUCAAUGCAGAAGUUGCUCCACAAGCGCCGGUUGCUUGUGAAGUGGGGAGCUUAGCACCGAAUACAAACGCGUUAACUGCAAACAAUGAAGCUUGUGCCAAUAACGUAAAAGAAGAUGUGGCUGUCGAAAACCCCGCUACUGUUGAAGUUGAAAAUUCAGCAAUAGAAGUAAAUGCCAACAAUGAUGAUGGUGUAAAGCCAGAAAAUGAGUUGUGUGUACCAAAAGUCGUGUCGCCAUCAAUAACUAAUGCAAAUACGGAUAGCACCGUGGCCACGAUUUUGUAAAUGUGAAAUACAUAUACAAACAUCGACUUCAACAUUUAUUACAAUAGUUAACCGUUAUAAUGCCACAAAAGGCAAACACCGUUAAACCACCACAAUAUGAACGCAGCAUGAAUAUAUUUGCAAUUGUGGAGUGGAGAAGUAUACAAAAAGAUGAGGAGUAAUAGUUGCCGAGUUGACAAGCCAUUUAGUUAUGCACGAAUGUCUACCACACAACCCGCCUGAAAUAUAUUUAUGGACGUUUAGUUUUGUAUUUGUUUUCAUACUUUUCUUAGAUUUACUUCUCUAUUUUCACUGCAGAAAUUUAAAUGGACAAAUUUU